UUACAAUCAGACUUAAAUUUUCACAAAGUUUCAACCCCACCACUUGAGAGGUUAAGCAUCAAGAAUCACUAUAAAUACAAGACUUUACCUGAAUGAAAAACCAAUAACAAUCAUAGACAUGAUUAUGUCCUUAUUUUUGAACAUAACCUGUUACAUUAUGUUCAUUUGUUCAUAGCUUCUUCUCUUCCUCUAUAAACAAAUUCUAAAACACCCCCUUUUUUUUUCUUCCUCUUAUCAUAAACAAUGUCUACAAACUUAAAUAAUCUGUCACUUUUUCACAAAACCUUUUCCCUCACCUUGUUUCUUUUCUCAGUAAAUUUUCUUUUCUUUCCAUGUUGUAACUCUCUUGAUGAACAAGGCCAAGCUCUUAUAGCAUGGAAGGAGAGUUUAAACACUACUUCAGAUGUAUUAGCAUCUUGGAACCUUUCAAACCAAACACCAUGUAAUUGGUUUGGUGUGAAGUGCAAUUUACAAGGAGAGGUAGAAGAGAUAAACUUGAAAUCAUUGAACUUGCAAGGCUCAUCAUUGCCUUCAAAUUUUCAACCUCUCAAGUCCUUAAAGGUUCUUGUCCUCUCGUCAACCAACAUAACAGGAAGGGUUCCAAAAGAAUUUGGAGACUAUCAAGAGCUCAUUUUCAUUGAUCUCAGUGAAAAUUAUCUCUUUGGAGAAAUCCCAGAUGAAAUUUGCAGGCUAAGCAAACUUCAAACUUUAGCUCUUCAUACAAACUCUCUUGAAGGAAAUAUUCCAUUCAACAUAGGAAAUUUACCAAGUCUUGUGAACUUGACACUCUAUGACAAUAAACUCAGCGGCGAAAUUCCGAAGAGUAUUGGCUUAUUAAGUAAGCUUCAAGUAUUCAGAGCUGGAGGCAAUAAAAACUUCAAGGGUGAGCUGCCAUCGGAGAUCGGAAGCUGCACCAACUUGGUCAUGUUAGGUCUUGCAGAAACCGGCAUUUCCGGUAGUAUUCCUUCUUCAAUAGGGAUGCUAAAAAAAUUACAGACCAUAGCCAUUUACACAACUCAGUUGUCAGGCUCUAUACCAGAAGAGAUAGGGAAUUGCAGUGAGUUGCAGAAUCUGUAUUUGUAUCAGAACUCAAUUUCUGGUUCAAUUCCACCUCAAAUUGGUGAGCUCAGAAAGCUUCAGAGUCUACUUUUAUGGCAAAACAAUAUGGUAGGAGCAAUUCCAGAAGAGCUUGGAAACUGCAGAGAGCUCAGUGAGAUAGAUUUGUCAGAAAAUCUUCUCACAGGUAGCAUACCAAUCAGUUUUGGAAAGCUAUCAAAUCUGCAAGGACUUCAACUGAGUGUUAAUCAGUUGUCAGGUAUUAUACCACCUGAAAUUUCAAACUGCAGUUCUUUGAUUCAGCUGGAAGUUGACAACAAUGCUAUUACUGGUGAGAUUCCUUCUGUUAUUGGCAACUUGAGAAACUUGACUCUCUUCUUUGCAUGGAAGAACAAGCUAACAGGAAAAAUCCCAAAUAGUCUUUCAGAGUGUCAAAAUCUUCAGGCACUUGAUCUUUCAUACAACAACCUAACUGGUUCGAUACCAAAACAACUAUUUGUGUUGAGGAAUCUAACUCAGCUUAUGCUUAUUUCCAAUGAUUUGGAAGGAUUAAUACCACCUGAUAUAGGUAACUGCACAAGUCUCUACAGAUUGAGGUUAAAUCAGAAUAGAUUGGUUGGUACCAUUCCAUCUGAAAUUGCCAACUUGAAGAACUUGAAUUUUUUGGACUUGCACUACAAUCAUCUUGUAGGGGAGAUUCCAUCUCAGUUCUCUGGUCUUAGCAAACUUGGAGUGCUUGAUCUCUCCCACAACAAGCUCUCAGGGAAUUUAGAUGCUAUUUCUAACCUUCAUAAUCUUGUUUCUUUAAAUGUUUCCUUCAAUGAAUUCUCUGGUGAAUUGCCUAACUCACCAUUCUUUAGGAAACUCCCUUUCAGUGAUCUCACUGGAAAUAAAGGUCUUCACAUUCCUGAUGGUGUUGCAACUCCAGCUAACAGAACAAGAGCCAAAUGUCGUGUUAGAUUAGAUAUGGAGAUUAUAUUGCUCAUUCUCUUGAGCAUCAGUGCAGUACUAAUACUUCUCACAAUCUAUGUUCUGGUUCGUGCUCAUGUUGCUGACGAAGCAUUCAUGAGAAAUAACAAUUCGGUGACAACUUUGUAUGAGAAGUUUGGAUUCUUCUCUAUUGAUAACAUUGUCAAGAAUUUCAAAGCAUCUAAUAUGAUUGACACCACAAAUUCUGGAGUUUUGUACAAGGUAACAAUUCCAAAAGGCCAUAUACUUACAGUUAAAAAGAUGUGGCCAGAAUCUAGAGCUUCUAGUUCUGAAAUUCAAAUGUUAAGUUCAAUCAAACAUAAGAAUAUCAUCAACCUUCUUGCUUGGGGAUCCUAUAAGAAUAUGAUGCUGCAGUUUUAUGACUACUUCCCUAGUCUGAGCUCAUUGCUUCAUGGUUCAGAAAAGGGAAAGUUAGAAUGGGAUACUAGGUAUGAAGUCAUCUUAGGCCUAGCUCAAGCACUUGCAUAUUUGCACCAUGAUUGUGUGCCUUCCAUAUUUCAUGGAGAUGUCAAAGCAACAAAUGUGUUAUUAGGUCCUGGUUUUCAUCCUUACCUUGCUUACUAUGGCCGGACAAAAAUUGCAAGUGAAAAGGGUGAAAAUACUGAUGCCAAUCCAGUUCAAAGACCUCCCUACUCCGAGAGUUCUUAUGGAUACAUAGAUCUUGAGCUUGACUCGUUGCAGAAGAUCAAUGAGAAAACUGACGUAUACAGUUUCGGUGUGGUCCUACUUGAGGUGCUGACAGGAAGGCACCCAUUAGAUCCAACUCUGCCAGGAGGUAUACACUUGGUUCAAUGGGUUAAGAAUCACUUGGCUAGCAAAGGAGACCCAUCUGGAAUUCUUGACUCAAAUCUUAGAGGGACUAAACCUACUGUUAUGCAUGAAAUACUACAGACUCUAGCUGUGUCAUUACUAUGUGUCAGUACAAAAGCUUAUGACCGUCCAACAAUGAAGGACACUGUUGCAAUGCUCAACCAAUUUCGAUACUUUGCUUAGAAUGUAUUAAAGGGAGUUUCAGUAGUGCAUGCUAAGAAUAUAGUUUCACAUGCAUCUUCUAACUGUUCCUUUAAUUUCUCAGAUGGCUUAAUCUGUUGAAUAGAGCCAUGCAAGAUUGCAAGUUGUAGAGAACCCAUGAUUGUGAAUGAUGUAAUGGAGUGCCAGUUAGAGCAGGCAAGAAUUACUAGAGUAAUUAAAUGUAAUCUUAGAUAUAAAAUGCAAAUUUCAAUUAUCCAUAAUAAAAUGCAUUCUAGAACCUUUAACUCAAGUUUUUAGUCUAA